CCAGAGCCGGGAAACCCAUCCAGGCGGCGCGCGUCGGCAGGCGUGAAAUCCACACUGGCUUGAGCGCCGUCCGGUGCGGCCGCUUUCUUCGCCGCUCCGGGGCUCUCUCGGUGGCGCGAUCGGUCGCUGGCUGGCUGGCUGGUUCGGGGUACCUGCCCGGUUUGCGCGUGGAGGGUGUGGAGGAGGGGGAAAAAAGGAGCCAGGAAAAAAAAAGAAGAAGAUCGAGGCUGGGGGCUUAGAGAGCGCCGGAGAUGCUCGGGGGGCGCUCCUUGCGCAGCCUUCUCGCCUGAGCUCUGCCGGUCGCCCCGAUCCCCGUAGGGCAGGAUGGAAAAGCCACGAUUAUUCAUUUGCACGACGGUAAAUCCCGAAGGAUUCCAACGGCAAAGAGCGAUCGCUUGGUUGGCUUCGUCUCGUGCCGCGGGGACCCUCUCCAAGAAGAAGGGGGAGUAGAACGGAGCUAGCAUUUCCAGUAUUUCCCCCCCGGAGGGUUUUUGCCGGCUCGCGCACCAUGGAGUAUCGAGUCGUGGCGCUGUGGCUCGGAGUGUCGCUGCCCAGCUUCCUCCUGGCGCAGGUGUCGGGCACGACCCCCGAAUGCUCCAUCAUGCUGGCCAUUGAAUUAGAACGAGAAAAAUGCUUGAAACUGUCCGACUCGGAUAACCAGACUUUAGGUUGUGGGAAUCUGUGGGACAACAUUACUUGCUGGCCUGCUGCCCGUUUGGGCGAAACCAGAGUGUUACCCUGUCCGGUCUACUUCAGCCUCUUUUCAAAGGUUCGGGGUAACGUGAGCAGAGACUGUACUAGUGACGGUUGGUCCGACAUGUACCCAGGUCCGUAUAUAGCAGCGUGUGGCUAUGACCCAAACGCCACCGUCUCCGAUGAAGAGACUUUCUUCUAUGGCACUGUGAAAACGGGAUACACCAUCGGCUACAGUUUGUCUCUCAUCGUCUUGUCGGCGGCCAUGAUUGUUCUCUGUAUUUUCAGGAAAUUGCACUGCACGAGGAAUUAUAUCCACAUGCACCUCUUCAUGUCUUUCAUCAUGAGAGCAAUUGCCGUCUUCAUCAAAGACUUCAUCCUCUUUGAGAAUGGAGAGUCGGACCACUGCUUAGUCAGCUCGUUUGGCUGCAAGGCGGCGAUGGUCUUCUUUCAGUACUGCGUUAUGGCCAACUUCUUCUGGCUCCUCGUUGAAGGCCUGUACCUGCACACACUGCUGGUUAUCUCCUUUUUUUCAGAAAAGAACCGUUUGCCUGUAGAGGCCAAUUCAGGGGCGCCCACUGUGUUUAUCUCAGCAUGGACCAUCACGAGGAUAAACUAUGAGGAUUUCGGGUGCUGGGAUUUAAUUGAUUCUCCCCACUGGUGGAUCAUCAAGACCCCUAUUUUGGUGUCCAUAUUGAUAAAUUUCAUUUUCUUUAUCUGCAUCAUUCGGAUCCUGGUGCAAAAGCUCCACUCUCCAGAUGUCGGGCGAAAUGAGACGAGCCAAUAUUCGAGGCUUGCAAAAUCCACCCUUCUCCUGAUCCCGCUCUUUGGCAUUCACUACACCAUUUUCGCCUUCUAUCCUGACACGGCGAAGAAGGAGGUGCUGGAAGUGAAGCUCGUCUUUGAGCUGGUGUUAGGAUCUUUCCAGGGCUUUGUGGUUGCAGUCCUGUAUUGUUUCCUGAAUGGAGAGGUUCAAGCUGAGCUGAAGCGCAAGUGGCGUAGGUGGCACAUGGAGAGGUUCCUGGGCUCCGACAUGAAGUACCACCACCCAUCGCUGGGCAGUAGCGGCACCAACUUCAGCACUCAGAUCUCCAUGCUGACCAAGUGCAGUCCGAAGACGCGACGGUGCUCCAGCUUCCAGGCCGACUUGUCGCUCGUCUGAGAAGGCCCCCCCCCCAAAAAAAGCGAAUGACCAAGGGACUCAUAGGUAGGACGGAAGACAGAAGCAGCCAAAGCUUUUACGUUGAAGACUUUUUUUAAAGCAUCAUUUUAAAAAAACCAAAAAAAACACUUCUUUUGUCCACCAAAACCAGUGUACAGAUAAUUGGGACCAAAAUGUGCUGGAUGAUGAGAGAAACUUCUGGAUGGAUUUUUUUUCCCCUCCUCUUCACCGAGCCCAAAUUAAAGAUAUCAUCGGAGGUGCUUGUCAACCUAGCACAAGAACUUCAUGACGGAUAAAACAGCCCCUGUGGUUUGGGGUUUUCGGUUGUGUUUUUUAAGAAGGGCCAUUGAUUGAUUUCACAGUCAGCGUCGUCUCUGACUUCAGUAACCAAAUAUUCAAGGAUUUAGUUUUUAAAAAAAGGAGAAGACAUGAACAGAAGGAGCUCUUGUGGAAAAGGGCUCGGAAGAUAUUAUAAGAGAGGAGAUGCCGUCUUUGGACCAGUAGCUUUGAAUAAGCUCCUUUCGUCACUAGAUAAGCUUUAGAAGCCAGAAGGUCAUCUCAAUGCCAGUGAGAGAUCUUCCUCCCAGUCGAUCCUGGAUGCUUUACUCAUGUCUCAAGGGGUCUUUCACAGACACAGUCUUCUCUAGACCACCGAAACAAAGGGAUCACCCUUCUGUCGAGCCCUGGGACAUCUACACCAACUCACGGCAACUUUCCGGCAUCGCUCAGCCAGAGACGAUCUCGCCUCUGGUACCUGAUGACUUAGAGAGCCUGGGAGUUCAAUAUUCUUUUUCCAAGGCUCAGAUGCCGACUCGGAGCGUUGUUCCCCUCGCCGGGUGACAAGCAGGGCUUUGCAUGCCGCGUUGGCGCCUGCUCUGUUGAGUUUUGCUAAAUCAGCAGGCUUCUCUCCCGGGUCAAGGCGUGUCAUCUCUCCCAUGUCUUGGUGAGCAGCUGUUGGAAGACAUGUUGUGCAAGGCUGGUCAAUCUGGAAAGGGAAGAGCUUUCCUAAGUAGGAGGCUGGACUUCCAUGCUCUGGGCUUCUUUCGAGGGGAGAGGAGGUCAGCUGUGUUGCUGGAGAGGGCAACACAACAUUGGAGAAGUACUAAUUUACAGGAGUCGUUGCAAGACUUAACAGUAAGAAGGAAGGUCCAAGAUGCAAAUGCAGAAGAGGUUUCAGAGGUGUGAAGGCAGUGCAAAUUCCACACGCAGGAACAGUGUGUGAAUCAUGGCUGGAGGGUAAUCUGAUGUCCAUGCACGGUGAAGGGCUAGGUAGCCGGGACUAUACCUCCCUGAGAGCAGGUGUAAAGACAUUAUCCCCGCACUCAGUGCCUAGCACUGAACGCUCUCCAACCAGGGCCUUCCAGGCUUCGUUCAGAGCAGAAAUGCCCACCUUGUAGGCUAAACAGGGAUGGGCAAGCGGGAUCCACAGGUGGCCGUUUAUAUCAGAGGAAGGAGUUAUCAGAGAGGAAAACGUCGCCAUGGAAAGUAGGGUUUGGCUCUCAAAGGCCCCCAGAAGCAUGGCUGUUGGCAUUGGGAGGGAGUCUCUGCUUCCCAGCCCUCGUACCCCAAAAACCUAGAAGUCAAAAAACAGGGAAGGAUAUCUCUGGUCUCUUCCUGGUUUGGUUCAGCUUGGUUUCCUAUCUUCUGCUGUGUUUUAGAGGCCGACGGGGGGCUAUUGGGAGAGAAGGGUCCAGCCUCAGGCCCUUCAGAGUUGCCUGGGUGUUGAGUCCUUGAGAUUCGCCUAUGAUGAGAACCCUGCAUACUACAUAAUCCCUUUUACUCGUGAGGAGUCCCUUUUUCCUCUGACAGGCUGAGCAAGGCUGCCUCUUGUAUGCCCAGAGACCCCUUAAAUGUUGAGAAGGAGGUUUGACUUCUGUCUCCCUCGAGGGCUGGGGAUCCCCUCGAUCGGCCUCAAGGUCCCUCACAACACGAGAUCCCCCUCCGUGAGAGUCCGUUCAGGCGCUUCAGUGAGGAUUUCUCCAGUGGGUGUCACAAUAUCUGCGGAGAGAUUCCACUCGGGUCCCCAGGCUUCAGAAGCUGUCCGUCUUCACUUGAGAUGUGGCGUUGAGGACCAAGGCUUCGCUGAUGCACGAUCAGAUGCUACCAAGUGGUUCUGGAAGAAGGAUCUCUGUUUUUUUCCAUGGCUUUCCACUGGGGAUAUCACAACCCGUUAUAAAAUGUGAAGACGAUGAAGAAGACGUAAUGGAGUCCUUUGAAAUGAGACUUGCGUGUUUCUGAUGUCCAUGCAUGGUGAAGGGCUAGGAAGCCGGGACUGUGAACUGUUGUUGUUUUGAGAACUUGUUUCCCACGUGGUUGCAAUGGAGGGAGGAAGAGGAAGAAAGAAGGGAGAAAAGGUCUGUAGUCUGAACAUCAUCCUGGCCUUGAAUUCCCCUCUUUUGAAGGACCAGCAUUCCCUGCUCUGCCCUUCAUGUCAGUGUUCCAGAAACUUCCAGAACAGUUGAUUGGAAAGCAAGACUGAUUCAACCUUCCACAAGAUGUCUCCGUGUCCACCAGCGGCCAUUUCUCCAUCUGAACAUUCUCGCCGUCUCCUUUUCGUGGUCCUCUCGGGGGAGGAGCCUGUCUUGUUUCUCAUGACCUUUGACCUUUCCUUAUUUAUUUAGCCAGACUUGGGGCAGCAGAUGUUAUCCCCUUCCUUCCCUUUCUGCGGUUCAUCUCAAGAAGACUUUCGUUUGUUUCGUUUCAAAAUGGUAGAUGUGGAGAUGGGGGAGGGAAAUCCUCCUGCGGCUGCCGUGGC